AUGUCUCCGGAGUAUGCUAUGGGCGGGAUGUUUUCUGAAAAAUUUGAUGGCUAUAGCUUCGGGGUCUUGCAAUUGGAGAUUAUUAGUGGCAAAAAGAAUACCAGCUUCUAUUCUAGUGACCAACAUAUAGGCUUCCUAGCUUAUGUGCACAUCGAUGGUGAUGAUGAUGGCGAUGUCAGUGGUGAUGGUGUAGGAGUGAGGUGGUGGUGGUGGUGGGGUGGGAGUGGUGGCAAUGUCGGUUGGGGUGAUGGUGGGGCUGAUAGUGGGGGUGGUAGUGGUGGUGGCGGUAAGGGUUAG